ACGAAGCCUGCAAUUGCUUUUCAAACCGCGAUCGAACCAGUACGAACUACAGCGUUUUGUUAAAUAAUUUGCAAUUGCGAGCGUAUCCAAACAAGGAAGCACAUUCCAACGCUCUCGUGACGCAAAAUGCUGUAGAAAUUUAAAGUCAAAUGAAAUCCGUGUGUGUGCUUGUAAUUUAAGCGUCAAUUCGGUGAUGAUAAAAUUUGCCUGCGCUUAUAUACAUACAUAUGUGUUGAGCAUAUGAGCCUGUGACUGUGUGCGUGUGUUCGUGUCGGUGUGAGCAUCGAGCAUAAGAAAGCAGCGCAAAACAACAACAACAACAGCGACGCUUAGCGAAAGAGAGGAACAAAGAGAAGAGCAGAACAAGCCUCCAUUUUACAAGACGAAGAAAGGGAUAAAAAGGAGCACGCGAUGGCCAGUUUCCAGAUCCACCAAGUCAUGAGCAACAAGGAGAAUCCGGGCAUCAAGAUUCCGGCCGGAGUGAAGAACGCCAAGCAGCCGCUGGCCGUAAUUGGGAAGUCGGAGAAAAAUGCGCUUGCGCCGCGAGCGAAUUUCGCCGUGCUCAAUGGCAACAACAAUGUGCCGCGUCCGUCCGGGAAAGUGCAAGUCUUCCGUGACGUAAGGAACCAUAAUAUCGAUGUUGAAAAGGUUGAGUUUGCCACCAAGAAGUCGAAUGUGGUGCCGGUGGUGGAGCAGUUCAAGACCUUCUCCGUAUACGAGGAUAACUGCGACACCCAGGUGGCGCCACCCGGCAAAUCCCUGGCAUCUCUAGCCGAUAAAGAAAAUCAAUAUGCUGUCAAGUUCGAUGCGGGGCAAAAGGAGUGUGUGGAGUACGAUCUGACCACCACGCCUAUGUCCGUGACCGACGUCCUUUCGCCCAUGUCCGUGGACCGCUCCAUUCUCGGUGUCAUCCAGACAAAUGAUGACGGUGUCAUUGGAUCGGGUGCCACGCCAGGUGGACAACUCAAGGAGCUGCCGCCGCGUAACGAUCGCCAGAGGUUCUUCGAAGUGGUCCAGUACCAGAUGGACAUACUCGAAAACUUCCGGGAAAGCGAGAAAAAACAUCGCCCGAAGCCAAUGUAUAUGCGCAGGCAGAAGGACAUCAGUCACAAUAUGCGUUCCAUCCUGAUUGACUGGCUGGUGGAGGUUUCUGAGGAGUACAAGCUGGACACGGAGACCCUCUACCUCUCCGUCUUCUAUCUGGAUCGCUUCUUGAGCUUGAUGGCGGUGGUGCGCUCCAAGUUGCAGCUGGUGGGCACAGCAGCCAUGUACAUUGCCGCUAAAUACGAGGAGAUCUAUCCCCCAGAGGUGGGUGAGUUCGUCUUCCUCACCGACGACAGCUACACCAAGACCCAGGUGCUGCGCAUGGAGCAGGUCAUCCUGAAGAUUCUCUCCUUCGAUUUGUGCACCCCGACAGCUUAUGUCUUUAUCAACACGUAUGCGGUGCUGUGCGACAUGCCAGAGAGGCUAAAGUUUCUGACCCUGUACAUAUCUGAGCUGUCGCUGAUGGAGGGAGAAACGUACUUGCAAUAUUUGCCCUCAGUGAUGUCGUCCGCUUCGCUCGCCUUAGCCCGUCAUAUUCUGGGCAUGGAGAUGUGGACGCCGCAGCUGGAGGAGAUCACCACCUACAAGCUGGAGGACCUGAAAACCGUGGUCCUGCAGCUGAGCCACACCCACAAGACGGCAAAGGAGCUCAACACGCAGGCCAUGCGGGAAAAGUACAAUAGAGACACGUACAAGAAGGUAGCCAUGAUCGAUUCAAUUGAGUUGAGCAAGGAGGACAUUGAUCAGCUCUGCCAGGCCUACAACGCCAAGCAGCUAAACGAGAAUCAGCAGCAGCCAGAGAACAACUCUAAAUCGAACGUGAAUUUGUUUUAUAAGUUUUAAGUGUUUUGAGCCUCUGCCAUGGUCAAAUUGUAUUUUAGUUUAGUGUUUCCAUGUAACAUUUUGUAGUUUUAGAAUUUUAAGUGUACAAAAUAUGGAAGAAUCGCAGUUCGGUGCCAUAAAGCUGGGGUACAAACAUGCUGAACUGGUUGGCGGAUUGGCAAGCUCCCGUAAUACGUACUGGACAAUUUUAUAUGCGCGCCAUAUAGAAGAUUAGUUGCCAGCGCAAGUAUGCACCAUUUCCAACAUCCAACAUUCACGUCUGCCACGGUGAGAGCUUGCCACGCCAAGCGUGAGCAGUAGGAACUGCGGCAGUCUCAGAAAAACUGACCGACGACCACCAACGAGCUGAACGAACAAGAGGAUCCCGCCCCGGACACCGAACCUAUUUUUGUGCUGCUCAGGCUACCGAUAUUUUAUAUUUUACGUUACCAACCACAAUCCCUGUUCUCUAUGUAUUUUUAUGUAUUUAUAAACUGAAUCACACGGAUGUAUACAAUGUGUCUUUAGCAGGGACAGCUAGCUCCGAGAAUUAUUUAACCUAAACAUAUUUAUAUACUAACUAUUAGUCCAUGAAUGUUCUGUGAACCACGAAACAAAUACAUACGUCAAUUUUACAAAAGACA